AGUCUGCGUCAGACGUCACUCGCGGACCUCGCUAUUCGCCUCUCGAAACUUGACUUAGCACAACGUGUUCGUGAUUACGAUUGUGUUUAUAAAUUGUUAAUAUUGUGCUUUGUGAAACUACUGAAUUAAAGCAUUGUAACAUGCCGUGUAACUGCGAGGUGGAGGUGGAGCUAGCGGGUGCGCGCAUGCAUCACGCCAGCUGCGAGUUCAGACUCACCGGCGCCAACGGGCACACCAAACACACACCACACAGAAAAGUCCACGACGAAGAGUACCUCCCGUCUGACGACGAUGAUGAUGAUGAAGGAACGAGGAGCAGCAUUAGAUACCCAGAUGGCACGGUGCGGCUACGGAACCCCAACAUCGAGCUCAUGGACCAGGACAUCCUGUACCACCUGGCGCUCGGCAGCGGCUCGCACGACCUCGUCGAGAUGUUCGGCGAUGUCAAGUUCGUCUGCAUGGGAGGCACGCCGAAGCGCAUGGAGCAAUUCGCGUACCACAUAAUGGCGGAGAUCGGCCACAAGCUGCCGUGCGGCACCACCCUGCAGGACAUCAGCCAGUUCUCAUACCGCUACUCCAUGUUCAAAGUGGGGCCGGUGCUGUCUAUCAGUCACGGCAUGGGCAUCCCAUCAGUGGGCAUUCUCCUCCACGAGGUGAUCAAGCUGAUGUACCACGCCAAGGUCCGGGACCCGGUGUUCUUCCGGAUCGGUACUUGCGGCGGCGUCGGCUAUGAGGGAGGCACCGUCGUCAUUUCUGAUGAAGCUGUCGAUGGCGCGCUGAAGAACGCCCUGGAACUGACGGUGUUAGGCAACACGGUGUCGCGGCCGGCAAAGCUGGACCGGCGGCUGGCGCGCGAGCUGCGGGCGCUGGCCGACCCCGAGGACCCGUACGACACCGUCACCGGCAAGACCAUGUGCACAUACGACUUCUACGAGGGUCAAGGGCGGCUCGACGGCGCAUUCUGCGACUUCACCGAAGCAGACAAGAUGGAGUAUCUAGAGCGGGUGCACAAGGCUGGUGUUGUGAACAUCGAGAUGGAGUCGCUCGCCUUCGCAGCGCUCACUCACCACGCGGGCAUCAAGGCGGCCGUCGUGUGUGUCACACUGCUCGACCGGCUCAAGGGUGACCAGGUACUCGCUCCCAAGGAAGUUCUGGAUGAGUGGCAACAGAGGCCGACGAAGCUUGUCUGCCGCUACAUUAAAAGGUAUCUGCAGAUGAAGGGCCGCCUGUCGCUGGACGGGCACGGCUCGGUGUCCGUCAAGAGCCCGCGUCGGUUCAAGCUGGUGCAACAGGAGUCGGAGACCUACGACUAAGCUGCCAGGCGACUCCUCAGUCGACUAAGCCGCCAGCUAGGGCAACCAACUCGGUCGACUAGGCUCUGCCGGUGUUAAGGUAACUAACGCAGUCGGCCCGUCGCUAUGUUUAAGGCCGAGCCACACCGGCUUGCGUGUGCGUGACGUGCGCGUGUGCGUGCGCUAAAAUGUUGGAGCCGCACACGCACACGUCACGCAAGCGGUGUGCCGUCUCUCAUAAGGAUCUGUAUACUACAACGCCGCACGCGCACGUGCACGUCACGCACACGCAGCCGGUGUGCACUGUCCUUUAAAGUAACACUUACGGUACAGGAGACUAAACUAACGGAACACAAGUCGCAAACAACUUUGCUGGCUUAUCAAGUAAUGUAGGUAAAUAACAUUUUAGAGUUAGAUGGAGCAAACUGACAGCAUUCAUGUUCAGCAAUGUUUUAAAACUAAUACAAGAUUGUACUAUAACACGGUAAUCUCAUGAAAUACAUGCCCGCAAACGUCAGUGUACUUCGAAUUCUGGAUGCAACUACGAUACGUGAGAUACAAUACGGCUAUGUGUAAGCUUUCAGAAUGGGUGUUUAAUACUGUUGCUCUGAGUAGUUGAGUUUUCUGUGGCCGUCUGACACAUCUGCGACGCUCGGCAUUGUGUCAUAUAUGCUAAUGUGACAUGUGUAGUGCCAAUCGUGACAUUUGCGCCAAUAUUUAAGGCACUAAGCUCUACUGACUAAACGGGAAUACUGCUUACAUUCUCUUAUAUAUAGAUGGUCAAGCAAAUCUUGUCAGUAGAAAAAAGCGCGAAGUUCAAAGUUUCUAUGAGAGGAUAUCUCUUCGCGCCUACAUUUUUCAAAUUUGCCGCCUUUUUCUAUUGACAAGAUCUGCUUGACCAAGCAUAUCUAUCUAUCUUUUAUAACUCUGUUUCUUCCUGGUCUAAUUUUUUUUUGUUGAAUUCAAAGAUGCUUUGAAAUGUCGGGCUAAAUUAGAAGCAUUAAAGGAGGCCCUUCGCGGUUCUUAACCAGAUAUUACAUUCCCGUUGUUAUAGACGAUUGUGAAUUAUGAGAUUUCAUCUAGUUUUUCGGUUCAAUAUCAUUAGUAUUUUUUUUUAAUCGGCAUGACACGAUUAUAUAUUAGGUAUAUUCCUGUAUUAAGAUCAGCGGGCGCAGCACGGUUCCAUUUUUAUCGCCUGUCACUAUGCACGUCCCUUUCACACUUACCUUUGUUAGAACGUGACAAGCAUGGUGACAAGCGAUAAAAAUGCGACUGUGCUAUGCCGCCAGGUCUGAAAGUGACAAAGCUUCGCGAAAGUUAGAGGAUGAUGGAAUUUUCGCUUCGGCCUCGAAUCACACGUAUUCUAAAAUACUUAUCUACACGGUGUAACAUGAGUAAACCGAAUAAUUUUAACAACGUAUUCCUGAUCAUAUUUAGAGACAAAAAUGUCCUAUAAACUUUUUUGAAAUUCGCCUAGUUUCAAAGAUAUUAUUAAUUAAAAAAAAAAAACAAGUUUUUAUUGUUACAUAGUGUAAAAGGCCUUUUUGAUGGUGAUGUUGCUGCUAUGGGACGUAGUCUAAAUAUCCUUAUUGAUAGAUGUCAAAAAGUGACAAGUAACACUUUGCAAAAAGUGGGUUCUACGAAAAAAAAAUUUAAAAAUCAAUUUCAAGUGAUAAGUUUACCAAUAACAUUUAUUUUUUAUCUACAAAUACAUUCAAAAUAUUGAAAAAACAAAACAAAAAAAUAAUUCUUUUUGGCGAAAUUGACCUAAACUCAUAUUACAUUUUUUACUUCUUUUGGCCUCAGAAAUGCUUGGUUGAAAUAAUUCGGUUUCCUCAUGUUACACCGUGUAUAAAUCUUGGCCACAAACGAGAAGGUGGCAGCCCUCGUUCGAGGCUCGAAGCGAACGUGUCCAUUGUCUUUACUAUUACUAAAUAAUAUGUCAGUCACUGCCAUAUUCGUUAGUUAAGUACAUAUGUACCUAAAUCGUGUAUCUAUCGGGUACCUAAUCUAAUAGAAGCUUUGAACAUUUUAUUUUCAAACACAUAUAUAUUUUUUUUAUGACAUGUAAUUGAUUAAUCUAUCCACUUGUAUUAUUUAUAUGAAAAGUGUAAUUGUUUAUAACUAAGUAAUCACGGCAAAUUAGUUUGUGUACUUAGUUAUGUAUUAUGUAUGUAUGUGCUAUGUUGUACUAGCUACUUUAUAUAAUAUUAUUCACGUAUUGUAAGUAUCGGACACAACAAUCAAAUAACUAAGUGCUACUGCCAAAUUAUUGAUAUGUAUAUUCUUACUAUAAUUUACAACUUUAUCUUGUAUUUACGUAUGUGUAUAGUUGGCCUCAAAAGUUGCUGGAUAUUUUAUAGUUGACAGAUUUUAACCUCGCGUAUUACUUUUAAGUAUAUUGAUACCUACCAUUUUAUUUAAAAUAGUUUUCGGAGAUUUUUCUUAGUUAUAUUUAUAUGAAACCAUAGUCAAGAGCUAUAGAUAAAACCAGAAAGAACCUAUUGCGCGAAAGUACAAAAGUGUUCAAUGACUUUCGACACUGACUGUACUGAGAGGUUUUUUUAAAUACUUUUUAUUUGCAAAGAUGUUAAGAAACACAUAUCGUCAUUUAUUCAAUGACUUUGAUAUCGUUUACCUUUGGACUCGAGUGACUUAGAUUUUCUAAAGUAUUACGUGAAAGUGGUUAAUCGGUAAUCAAGUCGAGUAAAAUCGAAGUAGUAGUGACAUAUCAACUGCAUCACAAAGUUUUUACAUUUAUCGGGUUAUAUAAUUUACUUAUUUUUAAAAGCUAAACAUUCCCAUGUCUUUUUGAUGAUUUAGCUACAUGUGUGUGUUGGACUACAAAUGAUUAUAUUUUGGCAAGUUUGCAUACAUCAUUUUUAUUCCCAGUGUAUCAUGUGUUACCUCUGCAUUUUAUUUUUAGUAGGUUAGUCUAUAGGGAACCUUUUCUAGUGUGAAUAUUUCGUUAUGCUCAAUGUGCAUGUAAUUUAAAUCUUUCACAAAACAAACGAAGUACCAUUCUUUUUGUUUCAUUAUUGUUUUGAACAAAAUAUAUCACAUCAAUCCAAGAUACCUUACUAAUAACAAAAUUCUAUAAGGUCAUUGCGUAAGUUUACCGUCCAGUGCCUAUUCCCGUCCACUUGGCGUAGGUAGUUUUGCUACAAAGAAUUGCGUAUCAUUUGAAUAUAUGUAUAGGUAUACAUUCAAUAUAUAGGCAUAUAUUCAAAUUAUACGCAAUUCUGUAGCAACUGCGCCAAGUGGACGGAAACAGGCACUGGACGGUAAAAUGACGCAAAGACCCUACUUAGUGUGUUCACGACGCUAGACAUGUGAAGCACUUAUUAGGACGAAGAAAGUCCAAAUAAUAAAAAUAAGAAAUAAAAAUAGCUGCCGCCGUUACUCUGAGUCAUAUAUGACAGAUUUCUCACGAGCUGAGUGUGUUAUUAAACUGUUUUACAACGAACAUUGAGUUUGUUCCGAUAUAAUAGUUACAGAGCCCCGUAAACUAGUAUUAAAUCGGCGUAUUAUGUAUAGGCGGCUAUGUUGUAUAGUAGAUAAACGUUAUUCAAAAGUUUAAUACAGAUGUUAUGCGCUUCCAAUUAAUAAAUUGUUACAUGCAAUCAUGCACAAAAUGUUGGCAGAUGAUUGUUUCAUAUAUAUCGGUAUCGGUAGAUAAGAGUGAAUAUUUUUUAUUUAUAUUAACCCGAUUGUGAGUUUUAAUGAAAAUUUUAAUGUUCAUCGAAUUGAAAGUGUUAUCGGUAAUUGUUAUAGUAUAAAAUAAUCGACAUGUAACUAGGCUAUAAGAAUAAUAUGCUUCGGAGAAAGUAACUCAGAAAAUUGCACCAAUAUUUAUUAGAGUUACUAGGAUGUAUAGUUAAUCACUGUACGAGUAGCUUAGGGAGAGUUGUUAAGUAGCUUUGUAUAAACGAAAUAAAACUGAGUAGGUUUUGUUUUACGAUAUCUUCAACUCACCCUAAGCCUCAUUAUAAGUAACAAACUAUGGUAAUUAUUUGCGUUUUGAGAAAUUAUAACUACUGUUGUAUACGUCAAACAUCGUAUAGUGCGAUGAGUACCUUUGCAAUUAAAAACUUUAAUUAUAAUAACUCAAAAUGGCAUGUACUUAAGCUCAUUGUUUGUAAACUGUUAGAGUAUGCAUUGCUAUAUUCGGUGUUAACGUUAAUCGGUUUAUGAAGUUACGCGUAGAUGAUUUGUUGUUGAAUUGGUUAUUUAGGAGGUUGUUUCAAGUAGUUACCACCUGCGCCUACUGAACUAUGGAGCACUAGCUUAAUUUGGACUCUGAAAACUCUACAGUCAGUAUGAGGUAUCAAGGUGUAUGUGUGAAAGAGUGAAGUAUCAAUAUAAAAGCGCAUUCAUGUUAAACUUGCAUGUCUAAUGCCAUGGAGCUUGGCUAUCUAUGUGACAUGCGCUUGAAUUAAGAUGAAGGUGUAAAUACUCUGGUGUAGACAUGCCUUUACAUGAAGACGUAACUCCACACAGGCACAAAUUACUGAACACACAGACAUAAAAAAACCAAUAUCAUGCUAGACUUUUAGCAAGUACUUAAAGUAAAGCGCUUUCGAAACGUGUCCGGUGGUAACUACUGAGAAUAAUCUAUUUAGGAUAAGGCUUCUGGACCUAAGUUGCCGGCGGAGCUGCGGACCGCGGUAUACAAACAAUUUAGUAAUAAGGCUAUAUACGUGACAACGGACCCCUGAACCGUUUAAAGGCUUUAAUGGAUCCCUUAGUGCAGCGGUCGGCAACCUUUUAGCAGCCAAGGGCUACAUAGUAGUUAACGGAGGUGACGCGGGCCGUACUUUGUUAAUAUUUAUGACUUUAUGAGACAUUGUCGUUUGUCACUAUUACAUACAAAAUAGUCAAGGCGGCACUCGGGUCGCAAGUGACAGGUUCACGAGCCGCAUGCGGCCCUCGGGCCGCAGGUUGCCAACCGCUGCCUUGGUGGGAUAUUAUUUCUCAUUUAAAUAGUUUUCGUGCAUUACAAGUCUUUGUAGUUUGGCAUGAAAAAACUACUUAACAGUGUCAACUAUUAAUACGUUUCUCUAAUUAUUGUUUGUUUUUUAUUAGAGGAUUUAAAUCUUGAGAGACUAACACUAAUUUGUACAUCACUGUCUCUUUCAGAUUGUUCGGAAAUUAGAAAGUAAUAAAAUUAUUGUUAGCUUUCAGGAAAGUUUAAUAUAGCUCUUCUCAAUUAGUAAAGGCCUCAUGUCAUACUCGAUUAGUUUUUAUUUAAUUUUGAACCUAGAUGUUAAAUAUUGGUACAGGCGAGUCCAUGAAUGUAAAUGCAUCUUUUAGGUAUUCUUGAAAAAAAAAAGAUUAAGUACCUAAAACAUGCAUUUCAUUAUCAUCAUGAGCUUGACUGUACAAUGAUCAUUGUCUAUCUAUUAGCUGAUUUUGUCAGCUAAAUAGUAUUUAAUCAAAAUGGUUUAAGCUCCUUUUUGUAAGCAUUAAGCUACCAAACCUAAACAUAAAUUAAUUUUACUAGAAUAACUUACCUACCUAAGUAUGAUUAUUUAUCGUAUUAAUAAAUUUAAUUUUGACUCCCUA